UUUGGCUUUCGGCUUCUUUGGGCUUCUUGCUAUGCUACAAACGGUUAGAGAAAUAAUUGCUGCACUGUUACUUGUAAUGACGUGCGUUUUCUCUUCCCGAUUCCCGUUUCCCGCUUGAUUUUUUUCGCCAGUCUGGGUCAGUCUGGGCAAGUCAGGGUUUGGGACAUAUUCGCUACUUGGCUUUGGAUGAGAGAGCAGUGUGACUGUUUUGGCAGCCAGGUGUAAUCAGGAGUGACUGACAAAACGACCGAAAUUUCAACCGAUCGUGAUGCAAGAUACAAAGAGACUUCAGGAGUUUAUGGAACUGGUCGGGCGGCUAAAGCAUAUGAAAAGAAUGGGAUGGGUAAAACGGAAUAUUCCUGAUCCUGAAACUAUUGCUGGACAUAUGUAUCGAAUGGCGAUGUUAUCGUUUUUAGUAGAUGGAAAAGAAAAUUUAGACAAAACCAAAAUAAUGCAAAUGACGUUAAUCCAUGACUUAGCCGAAUGUAUUGUGGGAGACAUAACACCUUACUGUGGCGUGCCACCAGAUGAAAAACAUAGAAGAGAAGACGAAGCCAUGGAGAACAUUUGUAAACUGCUAGGUGAUAAGGGACCCGAGAUAUUACAAAUAUUUCGUGAAUAUGAAAAACAGGAAUCUCCUGAAGCACAGUAUGUAAAAGACUUAGAUAGAUUAGACUUACUGAUGCAAGCGUAUGAAUAUGAAAAAAGAGACAACAUUCUGGGAGAGCUGGACGAGUUCUUCAUUGCGAUUAAUGGCAAGAUCAGACAUCCUUUUAUUAAUAAAAUCGCCGUUGACAUAAAUGAAGAGAGGGACAAGUUGUGUCGCAGUAUGAAUAUCACGAAAUAACAAAAGUCAUAAUUUAAGGAAAACCUGGAAGAAAAAGCUUUCAGAUAGCUCAAAUGAUAUUUUAAGCAUUAGGUUACCAUGUCGCGCGCUAUUAGACAACUGCUAUUAAUGUCGCAUGCAAUUUUAAUACAUAAUACAUUUAAUAUAGGUAGUAUAUGAAAUACAUAUACAUAUAAAAUUCCGUAAUUAUUUAACUUAUUUAAUCGUUUGUUGCGCAGAAUGUAUCAUAUAGAUAAGAAACUUAUUUGUGUUUUUCAUAUUUUUUAGGAUCAUGUAUUUCACAUUUUUCUUUCUAAAUAUCAAACUAAUAGUUAUUUUCUUUCUUAAAGUAUUAAGAAAUGUAAAAUGUGUAUAUUUUACAUACUUCAAUAAUAUUUAUUUCAAUUUUGAUAUAGUAAAGCGAUUACCAAAUAUUACUUUUUAGACAUUGCCUCCCACAACGAAAAGAAAAUAUUAGAAACACUUUAGUAUUUUUAUAUGCAGUUUUGCUUACGAAGUGUAUAAUCAUUGCCUUUAUUUAUGUUUAAAAGCUAUAUGUAAGAGAUUCAGUCAGCUUAUGACAAUUCAUUUUGUUUAAUGCAGUUAAUUUACUAUUAUUUAAAAUUCUUAUUUUAUUUUGCUCAUGAAUACAAUAAAGUGUUGUAAUAUGUUUUGUGCAAAACUUUCUAAUUUCUAUUCUUGUACCUUCCAUUUUUUAUAACAAAUUAAUGUAAAAUUAAAUUAAUGAACGUUUAUAUUUAUAAAAUUUUUUGUUUUAAGCAAAUUUCUUGUUAAAAUUGUGUAUUUCUAAAGGUUAAUACUUAAGUAAACACUACAUUAUAAUAAAAAAAAUAAAAAAAUAAAAA